AUGCCAGAAACUUUCCUUUUCACCUCCGAAUCCGUCGGCGAAGGCCACCCAGACAAGAUUUGUGACCAAGUGUCCGAUGCCAUUUUGGACGCAUGCUUGGCUGAAGACCCACUUUCCAAGGUUGCCUGUGAAACUGCCGCCAAGACCGGUUUGAUUAUGGUUUUCGGUGAAAUUACAACCAAGGCUAAAUUGGACUACCAAAAAAUCAUCAGAGACACCAUCAAGCACAUUGGUUACGACCACUCUGACAAGGGUUUCGACUACAAGACGUGUAAUGUUCUUGUUGCCAUCGAACAACAAUCUCCAGACAUUGCCCAAGGUUUGCACUACGAGAAGGCUUUGGAGGAAUUGGGUGCUGGUGACCAAGGUAUCAUGUUUGGUUACGCUACCGAUGAAACCGACGAGAAGUUGCCAUUGACCGUCUUGUUGUCGCACAAGUUGAACAAGGCUUUGGCUGACGCCAGAAGAUCCGGUGAAUUGGCUUGGUUGAGACCAGACACCAAGACCCAGGUCACUGUUGAGUACGAGAACGACAACGGUGCCGUUACUCCUUUGAGAGUGGACACUGUUGUUAUCUCCACACAACACUCUGACGACAUUUCCACCGAGGACUUGAGAAAGGAAAUCUUGGAGAAGAUCAUCAAGAGAACCAUUCCUCCUCACUUGUUGGAUGACAAGACCAUCUACCACAUCCAGCCAUCUGGCAGAUUCGUGAUUGGUGGUCCUCAAGGUGAUGCCGGUUUGACUGGUAGAAAGAUUAUUGUCGACACCUACGGUGGUUGGGGUGCUCACGGUGGAGGUGCUUUCUCUGGUAAGGAUUUCUCUAAGGUCGACAGAUCUGCUGCCUACGCUGCCAGAUGGGUUGCCAAGUCUCUUGUGCACGCUGGAUUGGCCAGAAGAGCAUUGGUUCAAUUCUCUUACGCCAUUGGUGUGGCCGAACCAUUGUCCAUCCACGUGGACACUUACGGCACCUCCAAGUACACCUCUGAGCAAUUGGUUGACAUCAUCAAGAAGAACUUUGACUUGAGACCUGGUGUCAUUGUGAAGGAGUUGAACUUGGCCAGACCAAUCUACUUCAAGACCGCCUCUUACGGUCACUUCACUGACCAAGAAAACCCAUGGGAGCACCCUAAGGAUUUGACGUACUAG